CCAAACACUUUAAGAAGAAUGUGAGACUUCUACCGAAUUUCAUGGGAAUAUAACGGUAAAACCGGUCACACCAUGAGAAGGGUCUAUAUAAAGGGAGAUAUACUUUGCUCCCUAAUUCUGCUGGUGCUGCUAUUUCUGCUGUUAUAUGCCCAUCAAAGUAUGACACCCGUAUGGGGGACAUUGCACAUUCAACAUGGAUCCACCAGCUCAAGAACCCUCCUCAGUGGAGCACCAAAGGGACUGGAAACAAAGCCGUUCCCUUCAAAAUCUCCAGACAUACCUCCUUGCAAGCCUGAGGUUCAGAUCAAGCCUAAAGCACAAAGACCACCAAAGGUCAAUUCUCAGAAAGCAAAGUCUAAAUUUCUCCAACCCUCAACGACAGCAAGUCUGCUACCAACACAUGCUUCCUUUGACUUUUAUGAUUACCUUAAAAAAAAAGACCAACGGGACUUCAAGCUGCUAAUUGAUCAGCCUACAAAGUGUUCUGGACCAGAAGGAGCGCCCUACAUGCUGAUCGCCAUAAAAUCAGUAGCAACGGACUUCGACAAACGUCAGGUCGUUCGACGCACAUGGGGACGAGAAGGUGUGUUCCAGAAAGAUAUGAACGUCAGGAGAGUUUUUCUUCUCGGUGUACCCCAAAAUCAAACAGUGCUUCCAUUAUGGGACAAACUUUUGGGAUAUGAGAGCCACACUUUUCAUGACAUCCUCCUGUGGGAUUUUGAAGACACAUUCUUUAACUUGACACUAAAAGAAAUCCACUUCCUACAGUGGAUCAAUGUUAGCUGUCCCAAAGCAAAGUUUAUUUUUAAGGGUGACGCAGAUGUGUACGUGAACAUCGACAAUAUCCUGGAGAUGCUUGAGGGUCAAGAGAUCGAUAAGGAUCUUUUUGUCGGCGACAUCAUUGUCCACGCAAGACCAAUACGCAGGCGCAACAGUAAGUACUUCAUCCCCGAGUUUAUUUACGGCCAGGGGAUCUACCCGUCCUAUGCUGGCGGAGGUGGCUUUGUCAUGUCGGGACAUACCGCAUUGAAGCUCCACCUCGCCUGCAAAGAGGUGGAACUCUUCCCCAUUGAUGAUGUCUUUCUGGGCAUGUGUCUGCUGAGGAUCGACCUUCAGCCGACUCGCCACGAAGGCUUCCGCACCUUUGGAAUUGUGAGACCGUCCGCUGCCCCCCACCUCCAGGUCUUUGACCCCUGCUUCUACAGAGAGCUGAUGGUGGUGCACAGCUUGACCGUCCCACAGAUCUGGCUCAUGUGGAACCUUCUGCAUGACCCUAACCUUCAGUGUCACAGCAGUCAGGAUCCUACGGUUUUCCCCUUUCAAUGGAGAGACAAGAUGACUGCUAAGAACAAGGCAAAGGAGAAGCUUAGGGACAACGACUAUGGGUUAAAAGUGUUUGUGGAGCAUUAACUCCUAGAAAAUGACUGUACUGUGAAAAUAAAACAUGAAACGGACAGGGAAUAUGUGACCCUGGACUACAAAACCAGUCAAAUAGGUACAUUUUCUGAAAUUAAGAUUUAUACAUCAUCUGAAUAAAUCUGAAUAAAUAAGAUUUCCAUUGAUGUAUGGUUUGUUAGGAUAGGACAAUAUUUGGCCGAGAUACAACUAUUUGAAAAUCUUUUUCAAAUCGA